CAUCUUUUUAAGAGUCCUUAGCAACAAGUUUUAGAUUUACAAAUUUAGAUCUACAUUAUUCGCCUUUUCUUGUCAUCGAAAAUUAAUGGUUUAUUUUGUUGAAAUCAACAAUUGAUGGCUCAAAAUAACUGAUCUUGACUCAUAAGAUGAUAAGAUAAAAAAAAAACAUGACUAACACAAAGAAUGGAACUAAGUCAACUAAAGUUCUUCCCUAUGUUCCUAAAUAUAAAAGUCUAACAUUCAAAGUAAAAGAAACAGUUUUAACUUCCCAGCCAUCAUCUAUACCAAUUAAUUUGGCAUCAGAGAAAGAAAAAUUUAUAAGAACAGGAUUGGCACCACACUUUGAAGUAAAAGACCAAAAGAAACUAACAGAAAUAGCAAAUAAAGCAAAAAAUCAAAUUCGGUUCAAUCUACUGGCUGAAAGUGAACACAUUUUGGAACUUGUGCGGGACAAAUAUGGGGAUGCAGACAACUACCUAGAGCAUGCAUAUGGUCCAAGAAUUACAACUGAGGAAGCUACACCUAUGUUACUAGAAUAUAUUGAGGAAAAUGCUCUUAGUGAAUCUCUAAAAAUUCAUUGGUGUGACAACUUAGCCUGCAGUGCCAAAAUGGUUUGGCGAGGACCACUAGUUAAUGCUAACAGACCUGAACGUAGAAAGUAUUCUCUGUGGAUCAGCUCAUCAGAUGAGAACAACUAUUUGCGAGAAAGUGGUAUUCGUUGCUUGAUGGACCAUGAAAUAGGAACGCAUUUUUUUCGAAUGUUCAAUGAUGGAUUUCAACCAUGGUUUUCACAUCGCUCUAAAUUUGGUCUGCGUAAUUUAGGCUCAUUUGAGAAUAUGUGUAAUGAGGAGGGAUUAGCAUCUAUCAACACAGUGUUACGUGGGAGAGCCAAGUUUCUUUGGGGUGCAGCUUUUACAUACUAUACUGCUUGCAAGUCAGUAGAGCUUAGCUUCAAAGAUCUUUUUGAUCAUUUGGGUCGCUACACAUCAAAUAUAGAUUACAGGUGGAAACAAGUGAUGCGAGUCAAGCGAGGCUUGGUAAACCCUAAUGACUUAGGAGGACUUGGAAAUGAUCAAUGUUAUUUUGAAGGUGCUGUGUCUAUACUGCAGAAUGUGGACAACAUAGACUUCCACCUUCUCAUGUCUGGGAAGGUGUGUAUUGAUGAAUUGGACAGAAUCAAGCGAGUAGUACGCAAAGACUUUGUGAAGCUGCCUAAAUUUAUGCAAAACAUAACAGCUUAUAAAAAUACCCUAAAAAAGAUUUGCACUUUGAAUGGCUUGAAUAAAGUGUUCCCCAUUCGGGAACCCCCUUCAAUUUACAUGAAGUUAUUAAGCCAGAAGAAAAGCUUGUGCAAAAAGAAAGUUAAAAAGGUGAGCGUAGCAUGUUGUUCUACUGACAAUUCACAAUUAAAAACAUUGUCCAAUAAUAAUUUGAAUAAUGACUUUGACAUAGAAGAAAUAGAUACUUUUGGGAAAGCAGGAGAGUUGGAUAAUGAGACCAAACACAUUUUUUUUAAACAAAUUAAGGCUGUGUUGAAAUCAAAAGAUGUUUCCAAAAAUGGGACUAUAUUGAAAGAUUCUAAAAUACAAAAGAAAGCAUCUGCUAAAGGAACUGAAGAAUUGGUUGAAAGUUUUGAGUUAUCUGAGCGAUUUGCAAACAAAAUUGAAAUCUAUCACAUAGAGAAGAGAAAAGAAGAAACAUCAGAAGCAGUAAACCUCGUAGAAAAAAUAUGUACUGAGCUGUCCAGCCUAGAUGAAAAACUGGAAGAAGGCAUCCAAAAAUUGCAAAACAUUGUCAAGAGCCAUCAGUGGUCCAGCAAUGAAACUGGUUACAAAGAAGAGUUAAUGAGAAUCAUAUGUGAUGGAAACAAAGCUACUUGCAUUCCAAUUACAUCGCAGACAACGAGUGCAUGUUGGGAAGAGAUAUCAGAAAUAUCUAAGAAAGGGGAAAAGCACAGCACAAAGCACAGCUGCAAAAGUAAAGAACUAAGUUCGCGUAGUGACAAUAUAAUAUGCUUUGACCAUAAAACUUUAUCAACAGACUUCUGCAUACACAACAAUCCAGACAGUUUACCUGCCAUUAUCAGCCCCAACUUGGCUGGGGAAAGAAACUUGAGAAAAUCUAGUUCAUCUGCUGAAGAGUUGCCUCAAAUUGCAUUACAAAAAUGUUACUAAAAAGGAAGGAAAAACAAACUUAAAAAAAUAGAAAUUGGAAACAGGAGAAAGUUUUAACAUACUAGUACAUUGUUCUUCUAAUGUAAAUCAUGCAUACAACAAAUGACCUUGUGAAAUAAGUCAAUUAAGAAUUAAAAUUUGACAUAAUGUUUUUCAAGAAUGAUAAAAAUAAAAUAAGGUCUGUACAGGUAUAAACAUAGAAUACAUAUGUACACAGUUUUGUAUAAAGAAUAAGUUGACGCCAUCUUUUAUUUCAGAAAUGUAAAUGUUGGUAAGAGUAACAUCUUUUAUAUGUUUUGGUUGUUUGUCUGUAACAAUGAUAUUUAAUAUCUAGUGACUACUAGAUUCAGAUAGCUUAAAUAGCUGGCAGAUACAUUUUCAAGAAACACAUGUUACUCCUAUUAAUCUAAUAAUAAACUUUUUGUCUUGCAUCACAAGUUUGCUUUGUAAACUCAAAUAUGUUCUUGAGAAAAUCUAAAAUAAUUCAUUUUUACUAGAUUAACAGCAAUAUAUUCUGUGGAUAAUAACUUAAAUAGAAUGCUUUUUUUUUUCUUUAUGCUUCAACUGGAUUAAAUGCUUGCAAUUUUAAGUCUUUCCCAUUUUCUUGUACACAAAUAACAACAGUCAAUAUACUAACAUGUUCUGUUCUAUGUAUUUUCUGUUUCUAAAUAACAUAAUUUAUCCUAAAUUAAAACAAUAAAAAGUGCACAGUUUUGAGACUUAAGCUACUCAACUGUAUCAUUUAUGCAUGUUAUGAUAGCAACAUUUAUUACUUUCAUAUUAAACAAAUACAUAUAUAUUCAUUUUAUUGGAUAGUUCUGAAUUAUAAAUCAUAUUCUGCUCACACAUUUAUUUAGUCACCGAAAAGUUUCUCUUUGUAGGACAUGUGAUAAUUUUUUUUAAGAAACAUCUAUGAUUUAUAAGAUAAGAUGUAUAACAUGGCUUAUCAUAUAAAAUCCUGAGCAACAUCUUAUGUCAUAAAUUGAAAAGGUAUGGUCUACAUGAGUUACUUAGUGAUGAAAGCCAUUAACAAUUAUUUUGUAUUGUAAAAAUUGAAAUAUUCCUGAAUCUAAUUUACAGUUAGCAUGUACAGGUCAGUUCACAGGAUCCAGAACUUCAUCUAGCAAUUAAAUUUGUCCAUUCCUUUUUAAGUCUUCAAUUAAGUUGGUGAAUUUUUUUAUAUUUUUUUUGCCAGAUAUAUGACUAAUUUGGACAAAAAAUGUGUACAUAAGUUAUAUUGUAUUUAUUCCAAUAUUCAGGCUGGAUUCACUAUGUCAAACUACAAAGUGACACCAUAACUAUGGCUCUCUCCUAACAACUAAAGAAACUGUUUUUCAUCCUUAUCUAGCUACUUGCCAUGAAUGAUUUAGUUUGCUCUGUAGGUGUAUAUUCUAAGUAUAAAUGAUCUAUUAAGCACAUUAUUUAUUUUCUAAAUUACAUACAUUCCUUCCAAACAGAAAUGCAUGUAAAUAUGUUAAUCUAGUCAUGCAUGUUAAUUAGAGAGUUAAACUCUGCCAAUGCAUUGGUUUUCCUGGCUGGUCCUCACGCAACCUGUAAUUUGUUGAUAAUAGACACUCCUCUAUACAACUUAACCACACAAAUCAUAUGGAAACCUACAUGUAGUAAUAAUCUAUUUGAUGAAAUGAUAUACUACGUCCAAUGUUCAUGUUUUCAAGAAAAUGUUUUAUAGUUAUAAAACUUCCUUAAAAUAGAACAAAAAUGUUUUUGGUUUAAGGGCUAAUUCUCAUUAAAGUAUUUUUAUAUGUUCUGUUUGGAAUAGCAGCUUUUGAAGUGUAAUUUAUUUUAGUAAUUAAAGUUUAUUUUUUUAACAUACUGUAAUUCAAACAUAAACCCCACAUCCUAGAAGCCUAUCAUUUUUUUUUAAUUUGAGUUUGAAAAUGGCCCCACUUUCUACAACAGUAAAAUAAAGAUACACACAAAAUGUGUGACCUCACUAUUGACUUGGUUUAGUGGAUAUGUUUUAUAACAGUAAUAUCAUGUGUCAGGCCUAUAUUGUUUAAUUCAUAUUUAAAAUCUUAUCAUUAUUUAGUUGAAUUAUGUCAAUUUUAUUGUCUCAUACAGUCAAGGCUGUUUUUUUAUACAGAUGACCAUACUGCUAAGUAUUCUUUUGACAAUCUUUACAAAGUGUUUUGCAUAUAAAUUUGUUUUCACUCAUGCUAAUUAGCAUGUCUCAGAGAGCCAAGCAUGACAUAUUUAAAUCAGAAUUAUAAGGUUAAAUAAAAUGUUUUAAAGACAUAUAAUUGAAUAUACCUACUCUUUUUAACUCAAACAUACAUUUAUAAAUUUUUUGCUAUAACAUAUAUAUAUAUGUUACAUUUUAUUACAUUGUUUAAAUGUAUUUUUUUUUAAACAUUUUAUUUAUUCUUUGUUACAUCCUGAUUGCAUGUUAUAAUGCAGCACAAAUGUUCAUAAUGAAUAGCAUUACUAUAUAUUAAGAAAUUGUUAUUUGAAUCAGUCAUUAAAUAUUAAAUGUUUAUGUUGAAUUUAAGUCUUGGCUUAACUAAUUAGUCUAUAUGAUGUCUUGUAGUCUCUGGAAUUUCUUCUUAUUUUCUCCUUUUGUAAUUUACAAUGUAUUUAUACUCCAAUUCCUUUUUUUUCUUUCAUUAAAACAAAGUCAUCUUAAGUUAUUAUUUAUUAGUUUACAUUUGUACUCGCAUUGAUCAAUCUGACUGCCUGAAAGCCUGAUAAAUUAUAUUAACUUAAUUGUCUUGUAGCAUAGAGCCUUAAUAUUAAUUCACAUUGGAUUCUGUUCUGGGCAAUUCUCUCUGGAUUCUGUUCUGGGCAAUUCUCUCAGGUUCAUGUCCAUCCUUCCAUCUUUGCUUCUUGGUCUGCCAAUCAUCUCCAUGUUGGCUUCGGUCUCCCAGCCUUUCUCUUCCGCUAUGGGUUCCAGUCUAGAGCUUGUCUUGUUCUUCGCAAUUUGUACCCAAUCCAGCCCUAUUUUCAUCCUUUGAUUUCUUCUUCUAGUGGUGUUUGAUGAGUUGUUUCUCCUAGGCAAGAGUUUGAGCUUUUGUUUGGCCAUUUACACCAAUUAUAUGUCGCAAGUAACUUGUACACACACAUUUAAAGGAAACUUUUCAUAAAGCAGUUUUUUUUUUAAUGUUAUAAUUUGUUGGUUGUAUUUGUUUUGUUUUUUAAUGAUAUUUUAACAUAGAAUUAUCCCAGGCAUAAAAAUAAGCAGUGGAAGCACAACAGAAAAAUGCAGACUUCAACAAAUAUAAACAAAUGCUGAAGAUAGACAAUUUUCAAGAAACAAAGGACAGUGUUCUCAGUUUGCUUUAAUUUUUUUUAUAUUAUUUUUAUUAAUAUAUUUUUAACUGUUACUACCACGGAAAGCAGAUUUUCUUUUCAAUGUCUCAAAUUUACUUAUUAUUUUAUUUAAUAAACUAGUCAAAAAUUAGCCAAUUUAAUAUUCUUAAUUUAAAAAACAUGUUGAUUUUAUUUCGUUUGCAUUUUAUUACCAUAAUAAAAUGUGAUUAUGGAUAGCAAAUGGUUUGGAAGCAGAUUUCCUUGUUAGAUAUUAUUUUUACCUUUUAGGUUUUAAGAUCACUGAAAAACAUUUAUGAAAUCUGGAAUAAUUUCAUUUAUUUUUCACACAAUUUGAAAUUAAUAGCAAUUUAAAAAGUUCAAUAUUUAUAUAUUUAUUUAAAUUUAAUUUUACUCAGAAGCCUCUUCUGUUCUCUAAAUAUGUAUAAAAGAUAUUUUAAAACUACUAUUUCUAACCAGAUAGUUAGCUUUAAGAAAACCUGCAAAAUAAAUUUUGCUUUCUUAUUUUGUUCAGAUCUCUGUGCUGUUUUGUGAGCCAUCAUCACAUAGAAACUUAAUUGGUUGUUGAUUUUUUUGUUUUGAGAAUUUUAAUACUUGUGAUAUAAUUGCAAACAAUUUUUUUUAUUUGCAUAAUAACUUUUAGUUCCUACAAUAUCAGUUUUAGUCACAAUAGAAGGUCACAUUAAAGGAUUAUUUUUGUA